AUGGGAAUUGUUAAAAGAAGAUAAAUUGCUAAAAUAGUUGAAGAUAUGAAUAAGAGUACAAAUUCUGAUGAUCCCCUUCUAGUUUAGUAUACUGAAUAAAAUGAUUUAGUAAAUCAAUUAAUGAUAGAUAAUUUUCUGUCUUUGUAAGAAUGUACAUUUAAUUAAAUUAAGAAAUUUAAUCCACUCAUAUAGAAUUAAAUAUUUGAAUAAAUGACAAAAUAAUAACAAUAAAAUCAAUCAAAUCAUAAUUUAAUUGAGGAAAUUAAAGAUGAAUAAAAUAUAAGAAAAAUUACUAAAAAAAAUUUUACAUAUCAUCUCAUAAAAGAAAGUUCAAUCAAAGAAUAGUAAUAAUGUAAUGCAAUGGCUUUUAAUAAGGAAUGUUCAAUAGUAUUGGUUGGAUGUAAUUAAUAAAUACAAGUAUUUGAAUUUAAAUAGGGAAUGAUGAAAUAAACUUAAAUCCUUAAAGAACAUGAAAAUAAUGUCAUCACUUUAAAUUUUAUGAAAAAGUCUAAUUAAUUUAUCUCUGGAAGUGAAAAAGAUGGAUGGAUUAUAAUUUGGUCACUGAAUUCAAUUAAUAAUUAAUGGAUUUUAUAAUAAAAACUAAAAAAACAUUCAGUAGGAAUAAUAUGUUUAGUAUUGAAUGAAAAUGAAGAUCUAUUUGUAUCAGGUGGCUUUGAUAACAAAAUAAUAUUUUGGGGCAAAAAGAAUUAAUGGAUAUUGGAAUAAACAUUAGACCUAAAAUAAAGAUUAUAUGCACUAAGCAUAAAUGAAGAAUAAAGUAGAUUGAUUAUAUGUUCUUUCGAGACUGAAAUAUUUAUAUUGGAAUUUUAAUAAUAAAAAUGGAUUAUUUAAUAGAAGAUACUAGUCUAAUAACAAGCGAUUAGAAUUAGCUUCAUUUCUAAUAAUUUAUUCACAGUCUAAUCAUUCUAAAAUGAUUUAUUGGAUAUAUAUGAAAUGGAAAAUUAAUUGGGAUAUAUUAAAACUAGAGGAAUUAUAGUUAUGCGUGGUUGUGGUUAAGAAGAAGAAUGUCUAUUUUUUCCUUCAUAAUAUAUUAAGUUAAAAAGUUUGCUUGUAAUUAAGAAUUGCUAAUAUAUAAAUUUAAUCAAAAUUAAAGAAAAUAGAGAGUUUCUAGUUGAGAAUUCUAUUUAGUAUCAAACUAGUAAGCUAUACGGAUCUAUAAGUGAUGAUGGGGAAUAUCUUAUAACCUGGGAUCAAGUAUCAAAAGAAAUACAAAUUAGAAAAUUGUAAGAAUCAUGA